AACAUUGCAGAAUGAUCCGCCAAUAAGCGGCUCGUGUUUUGUUAAAAAAUAUAAGAUUCGAGUUGAAAUACUCUGUAAAGAUCCCAUAUACGGUGAUCUUUUCAAACAAGCAUCGAAUCUGAUAUUCACCGAGAAGGACUAUGUGAACAAGUACAAUCCUCAUCUGAAUAGAAACAAAGUCAAGAUACAGUACAGACAUGACGACUCAGCUUAUGCAACACUUCGUCAGCGGGCUGAAAAGCCGGAGUGAGGAGACAAGAGGUCGGAUUGCCAGCGAGCUCAACCACUAUGUCUCGACAGAGUUGAGAGAGAUUUCGAAUGAUGACUUGACAGCGUUUAUGGACGAGAUGAACCAUCAGAUCUUCGAGAUGGUCUCCAGUCCUGAUGUGAAUGAAAGGAAGGGAGGUAUCCUGGCUAUAGUGAGCCUGAUCGGGCUGGAUGUUGGGAACACCAGCACACGCAUCAGUAGAUUUGCCAACUACCUCAGAAAUCUUCUGCCAUCAAGUGACAUCGCGGUCAUGGAAAUGGCUGCCAAGGCAGUGGGGCGUCUAGCAUUGGCAUCUGGGACAUACACAUCCGAGUAUGUCGAGUAUGAAGAAAAGAGGGCGUUUGAAUGGCUGAGCGGGGAUAGGAAUGAGGGCCGAAGACAAGCGGCCGUCCUUGUUAUUCGUGAGUUGGCUGUGUGUACCCCGACGUUCUUCUUCCAACAAGUCCAGCAGUUCUUUGAUUGUAUCUUCAAUGCUGUUAGAGAUAUUAAACCAAACAUCCGGGAGGGUGCUGUGGCUGCACUCAGGGCUGCACUAGUAGUAACUUCACAGAGAGAGACCAAGGAAAGUCAGCGCCCCACAUGGUACAAGCAAUGCUACGAAGAAGCAGAAAAGAAUUAUGACGAUGUUCAGGCUCGUGAUAAACGCAUCACCCGAGAUGACUGGGCACACGGAUCACUCCUCAUUAUAAAUGAACUGCUGAGAUGUGGCAACAUUGAGGGCGAGAGGCUUCGACUAGAGAUGGAGGACAUCUCUGAGCAGCAGAAACAGCAUGAGAGACAUUAUAAGGAGCUUUAUUCCAAAGCCAAACACCAGUCGUUCUUCAGCAGUCAUGCGUUCCACUCCAAGAGCCAGAGUCUCCGCCCUGCUCUGAAGGGACGACCAGGGACAACAAAAAACAUCUUCUACGAGAGCCGCACGUGCAAGGCGCUCAUCGCAGAUAAAUUUGAUAAGAUUUGCCGUCUGGUGUUGAGGCAUAAAGCCAGCAAGAGCCCUUACAUCCAACAGACACUUCUUGCUCUCAUACCAAGACUUUCCGCUUUCCAAUCGAAAAAGUUUGUUAAAAGUUACCUAGAUGAGACUAUCGGCUACCUGGUAGGAUGCCUGAAAAAGGAACGUGAGAGAUCGGCUGCGUUCCAAGCGAUUGGUUUACUCGCCGUAGCGGUGCAGCGAGACAUCUCGAAACAUCUGAAAAGAAUCAUGGAGGUCAUCAAACAGGCUUUGCCGACAAAAGAUUUGCCGCAAAAAAGGCAGAAGAAUCUUGUGGUCGAAUCGUCGGUGUUUGCUUGUAUCAGUAUGUUAGCCAAGGCCGUGGGACCAGACAUUGAGGAUGAUAUUAGGGAACUGCUGGAGCCAAUGUUAGCUGUUGGUCUGAGCCCUGCCCUGACAGCGGCCCUCCGUGACCUGUCGAUGAACAUCCCGACACUGAAGAAACCCAUCCAAGAUGGCCUGUUGAAGAUGCUGUCGCUCGUCUUGAUGGGGCGCCCUCUUGUCCACCCUGGUGCCCCCAAGCUUCCUUCACCCUCGAUCCCACAGUCAGGAUCUAUGGGAAGCCUAUCUGAGGUGCAGGACGUCACGAGUCUCACACUGGCUCUACGAACUCUGGGGAACUUCGAUUUUGAAGGUCACUCCCUGACACAAUUUGUGCGUCACUGUGCUGACCAUUUCUUGUCCAGUGAGCACAAGGAAGUGCGCAUGGAAGCUGUCCGCACAUGUUCUCGACUCCUGACUCCUCUGCUCACUAUCCUUGCCCAUCAGCGAGGCCACAUCAGUAUGACUACUAUGAAUACUGUGGCAGACGUCCUCAACAAGCUGCUAGUUGUGGGAAUCACAGAUUCAGACCCAGAUAUCAGGACAUGUGUCCUAAUAUCCCUUGAUGAGCGAUUCGACCCCCACCUUGCACAGGCAGAGAAUCUCUCUGCUCUGUUCGUGGCGAUGAAUGAUGAGGUGUUUGAGAUCAGGGAGCUUGCCAUGUGCACCAUUGGUCGACUGAGUAACAUGAAUCCUGCGUACGUGAUGCCUUCUCUGAGAAAGACACUUAUUCAAAUUCUCACCGAACUUGAGAACAGUGGUAUGGGCCGUAAUAAGGAACAGGCUGCCAAGAUGUUGGGACAUUUGGUCUCGACUGCCCCAAGACUGAUCAAGCCCUACAUGGAACCCAUCCUCAAAGUCCUUGUUCCAAAACUGAAGGAGAGUGAACAGAACCCAAGCGUGACUAUCAGUGUCUUGGCUGCAAUUGGAGAACAAGCACAGGUCAGCGGUAUUGAGAUGAAAAAAUGGAUGGACGAGCUCCUCCCAAUUAUCAUCGAGAUGCUCCAAGAUUCAUCAGCUCUCCAGAAACGUGAGGUAUCACUCUGGACCCUCGGCCAGCUGGUCGAGAGCACUGGCUACGUGGUGGUGCCGUACAAGAAAUAUCCAACGUUGUUAGAAGUGCUGCUGAAUUUCCUGAAGACGGAACAGGCACCUGCUGUCAGGAGAGAGACGAUGAAAGUCCUGGGUCUCCUUGGUGCCCUUGAUCCUUACAAGCACAAGAUCAACCUGGGUGUGAUUGAUAAAUCAAGUGAUGCUGGGGCCGUGUUGAGCAUGUCUGAGACCAAGUCCAACCAGGACUCAAGUGGAGGUGAAUACAGCACCAGUGAGAUGCUCGUCAACAUGAGCACGGCGACCCUGGAGGAAUUCUACCCAGCAAUUGCCAUCGCCGUCUUGAUGCGCAUCAUUCGUGACCCAUCUCUCUCCCAGCAUCACACAAUGGUGGUCCAGGCUAUUACCUUCAUCUUCAAAAGUCUCGGCAUCAAAUGUGUGCCGUAUUUGCAACAGGUCAUGCCAGCUUAUCUAAAUGUGAUCAGGACGUCCGACUCAACAUUUAGAGAGUUCUUGUUCCAACAACUCGGCGUGAUCAUCGCAAUCGUCAAACAACACAUCAGGAACUAUCUUGAUGAUAUCUUCGAAUUGAUCAAGGAUUACUGGACCCUGAACAGCCCAAUGCAGAACACAAUCAUCCUUUUGAUCGAGCAGAUCGUAGGAGCUCUUGGCACCGAGUUUAAAGUCUACCUGCCCCAAGUUAUUCCCCAGAUCCUUCGAGUCUUCAUGCAUGACAACAGUCACAGUAGAGGUGUUACUGCAAAGUUGUUAAAUGCGCUGCAGUUGUUCGGUGCCAAUCUUGAUGAUUACCUUCACUUGUUGCUUCCUCCAGUUGUCAAACUGUUUGAGUCAACGGAAGUCCCUGUUUCUGUAAGGAGGGUUGCACUUGAGACGGUUGACAAACUAACCAACACACUAGACUUGUCGGAAUACUCCUCCCGCAUCAUCCAUCCUCUGGUGCGAACGCUCGACACUUGUCCGGAACUACGCUACGCUGCCAUGGAUACCCUCUCUGCCCUCGUGAUGCAGCUCGGCAAGAAGUACCAAAUCUUCAUCCCGAUGGUGAAUAAGGUUCUGACGAAACACAAGGUCAGCCACCAGCAAUAUGAUUUGCUUCUUGGACGUAUUCUAAAGUUGAUAGACAUAGCCAAAGAUCAUCACGGCUCGGCUAUAAGUGAGAUCGAGAAUGACCCAAUCUUGGGCAAGCAUCGGCACCGCCGCGGUAAAGCCAACGAUAUCAGUACCGACCAGACCGCUGAGACCGCCACCAUCAAGAAAUUACACGUCAGUGCUACGAACCUGCAGAGGGCCUGGCAAGCAACCAGGAGGGUUUCCAAGGAUGACUGGAUGGAAUGGCUGAGGAGAUUGAGUAUUGAGCUGUUGAAGGAGUCGCCUUCACCCGCACUCAGGUCCUGCUGGGCUUUGGCUCAAACGUACAAUCCUCUGGCAAGAGAACUUUUCAACGCAGCCUUUGUGUCCUGCUGGACUGAGCUUAGUGAGACCCAGCAAGAUGAGCUGAUCCAUUGUCUGGAGCAAGCGUUGACAGCUCAAGACAUACCUGAGAUCACACAGACACUGCUCAAUCUGGCCGAGUUUAUGGAACAUUGUGAUAAGGGUCCACUGCCUCUGGGUAUCAACCUGCUGGGAGAGAGGGCCAUCAAAUGUCGAGCAUAUGCCAAGGCUCUCCAUUAUAAGGAAGAGGAGUUCCACACUGGUGCUAAUACACAGAUACUCGGAGCUUUAAUCAGUAUCAACAACAAGUUACAGCAGUCUGAAGCUGCUGCUGGUGUGCUGGAAUAUGCCAUGAAACAUCAUCGCGCUGAUUUGAAAGUUCAGGAGACGUGGUACGAGAAGCUUCAUGAAUGGACAGAUGCCUUGGCUGCCUAUGAGAGGAAACAAGAAACCAACCCUGAUGACAUGAACCUGAGCCUCGGCCGGAUGAGGUGCUUGGAAGCUCUGGGCGAAUGGGGUCAGCUAAAUUCUCUUUCUGUUGAGAAAUGGCCUACCGUCAGUGAUGAAAUGCGUCAGACGAUGGCUCGGAUGGCUGCUGCUGCUGCCUGGGGACUAGAACAAUGGGAAUGCAUGGAGGAGUACAGCUGUCUCAUUCCCCGCGACACCUAUGACGGUGCCUUCUACAGGGCCGUCCUGGCCAUCCAUAUGGACAAGAACUACAGCCUGGCUCAGCAGUGUAUUGAGAAAGCUCGCGACAUCUUGGAUACAGAGCUGACUGCGAUGGCUGGGGAGAGUUACAAUCGAGCUUAUGGUGCUAUGGUAAAUGUGCAAAUGCUAUCAGAACUGGAGGAGAUCAUCCAGUACAAACUGAUCCCAGAACGGCGUGACAUCUUGAAGAACAUCUGGUGGGAUCGUCUGCAGGGCUGUCAACGUGUUGUCGAAGACUGGCAGAAGAUUAUUCAAAUUCGCUCCCUGGUUGUCUCGGCAACGGACGACAUGAGAACGUGGCUGAAAUACGCUAGUCUGUGCAGAAAGAGCGGGAGACUGGCUCUGUCUCACAAAACCCUAGUCAAGCUGUUGGGAGUUGACCCAUCGAAGAACCCCGACCACCCGUUGCCAACGACCUACCCCGAGGUCACAUUUGCUUACAUGAAGCACAUGUGGAAGAACAAUCAAAAGCAAGAGGCCUUCCAGAAGCUCUCCCAGUUUGUCAACUCUGCCCUGCAGCCGCAGGCUAUGCAGUUGAUCUCACCUGAAGACUCGCAGAGAAGGAUUGACUUGAAUAAGCUCAUGGCCAAGUGUUACUUGAAGAUGGGAAGCUGGAUCGAGAACCUACAAGGAGUCAACGAGACAUCGAUUCCAGAAGUUUUACGUUACUACUCUACUGCCACUGAACAUGAUAGAAACUGGUACAAGGCUUGGCAUUCGUGGGCCUACAUGAACUAUGAGGCUGUACUCUUCUACAAGCAGCAGAAUGCCGGCCUCGGCAAAAAGGAUGAAAUAACACCAGAUGCGGAAGAGGGUGCGACUGCUGCAACAUCACCUAUGACGUCGGAUAUUGUCACCGCUAAGAUCCAAAAAUACUGCGUUCCCGCCAUAACUGGAUUUGUCCGCUCCAUUGCAUUGUCGAAAGGACAUUCACUGCAAGACACUUUAAGGCUGCUCACGCUGUGGUUUGACUACGGCCAGUGGCAAGAUGCCUACGACGCGCUGGUUGAAGGCAUCAAAACUAUCGACAUCGACAACUGGCUUCAGGUCAUCCCUCAACUCAUCGCGAGGAUUGACACACCGCGCCAUAUGGUGGGGCGACUUAUUCAACAACUGCUCAUGGAUAUCGGCAAACAACACCCACAGGCUCUGAUCUAUCCUCUGACUGUAGCCUCCAAGUCUAGCACUCCGGCACGACAGAAUGCUGCCAAUAAGGUCCUCAACAACAUGUGUGAACACAGUAAUACAUUGGUCAAACAAGCUAUUCUGGUGAGUGAGGAGUUGAUCCGUGUCGCCAUACUCUGGCACGAGCUCUGGCACGAAGGCCUAGAGGAAGCUUCAAGGCUUUACUUCGGGGAGAGAAACGUCAAGGGCAUGUUUGCCACACUCGAACCGCUCCAUGCGUUGAUAGAGAAAGGACCUCAGACGCUCAAGGAAACAUCCUUCAAUCAGGCAUAUGGGCGUGAUUUAAUGGAGGCUCAGGACUGGUGCAGGAAGUAUCAGCGUUCGUCUAAUGUGAAGGACUUGACUCAGGCGUGGGAUCUCUACUACCACGUGUUCAGGAGGAUAUCGAAACAACUACCUCAGCUGACCUCCCUGGAGUUGCAAUAUGUCUCCCCCAAACUUCUGAUGUGCCGUGACUUUGAGUUAGCCGUGCCUGGCACAUACGACCCUCACCAGCCUGUUAUCAGGAUCAGUCAUCAUCAGGCUUCCAUGCAAGUCAUCACGUCGAAACAGAGGCCAAGGAAGCUGAGUAUAUUUGGGAGCAAUGGCCAAGAGUACACCUUCCUGCUGAAGGGUCACGAGGAUCUGCGUCAGGACGAACGCGUCAUGCAACUUUUUGGUCUCGUCAAUUCCCUGUUACUGGAGAACCCAGAGACUUUUAGGAGAAAUCUAACAAUUCAGAGGUUCUCCGUCAUCCCCCUUUCCACCAACUCUGGCUUGAUUGGCUGGGUGCCGCACUCUGACACGCUACACUCUCUGAUCCGCGACCAUCGAGAGAAGAAGAAAAUCUUGCUGAACAUUGAGCAUCGAAUCAUGCUGCGUAUGGCGCCGGACUACGACCAUUUGACCUUGAUGCAGAAGGUGGAGGUGUUCGAACAUGCGCUGGAGCAUACGAAUGGUGACGACUUGGCAAAGAUAUUAUGGAACAAGAGUCCAAGCUCAGAGGUCUGGUUCGAUCGCCGGACUAAUUACACAAGGUCUUUGGCUGUGAUGUCCAUGGUUGGAUAUAUCCUUGGUCUGGGCGACAGACAUCCAUCAAACUUGAUGCUGGACAGAAUGAGUGGCAAAAUCACGCACAUUGAUUUUGGCGAUUGUUUUGAGGUUGCCAUGACGAGAGAGAAGUUUCCCGAGAAGAUUCCGUUCAGGUUGACCAGGAUGCUCAUAAAUGCUAUGGAGGUGACUGGCAUUGAUGGCAACUACAAGAUGACGUGCAAACGGGUGAUGGAGGUCUUGCGAGAAAACAAGGACAGUGUGAUGGCCGUGUUGGAGGCCUUUGUCUAUGACCCUCUGCUCAACUGGAGGCUGGUCGAUACAACAACAAAAGGCAAAAGGUCUAAGAACCGAUCAGAUUCAUUCUCGGGCAGCCAGGAUCCAGGUGACAUUCUGGGGAGUGUGGACAUCAGCCAGGGGCCCAAGAAGGGGAGCAACGAGUCGGAAAUAUGUGAGGAGCAUGGCAUCCAGCCAGAGGCGCUCAACAAGAAGGCUAUUGCUAUCAUCAACCGUGUACGUGACAAACUUACUGGUAAGGACUUUGCUACGGACGAACCAGUGGAUGUGCCAAACCAAGUGGAGCUACUCAUCAAGCAGGCUAACUCGCAUGAGAAUCUUUGUCAGUGCUACAUUGGAUGGUGUCCUUUCUGGUAGAGUCAUACAUGUGAAGGACAGAAAUCAAAAGAUGUGAAGUUUCCUCCAUGAUGGAGUCCAAUGUGUGCUUGUAUACAGUGAACUAUCAACUGGAUGUGACUUUUCCGCAAAACAACUCGUUGACCUCCUCAACCAGGGAGAUCCCCUGAUUCAAUUGUAGUGUGGCACAUUCACAAUCAGUGCUGCAUUGGACUGUGUCCUUUCCAUAAGUGUCUGAAUCUUCGAAUUGUGUCCUUUCACCUUCCUCCAAGACUGUACGAAUGGACAGGUACACAAAUGUAGGUGUAUACAUGUACGUUUAUGGAAUCAAUCAUUAUUCCCUUCAGCCAUUCUGAAGCCUUGCUUUGCAUGUUGUUGAUAAACAUGUAUUUAAGUUGUUAUGUGAUUCAAGAAAAGAUUAUGCAUUUAUGAAAAAAUUGCAUCAAAUCUGUAAAUAAAUUUUGAAUCAUGUGAAAAGAGCACAAUAGUAUUUAAA